CUUUUAUUUUGCUGUAUUUGUUUAUAAUAGUCUCCAUAUUUUACUUUUAUUUAAUCUUUUCCACAAGAAGUCAACUUUUUAUUUCACAAUGAAAUUUCGUUAUCCCACUUUCCAAAUUCCAAGCGACGCCUAACCGAUUUACUGCACCGCGUCUAUUUUCGAAGUCAUCGCCAUCACGCAUUUAAAUCCCUCUAAAAUCCCCAAUUUUUUCACUGUUUCAUACGUUUCAAUUCAAUUUCAUCUUUUUUUCAUACAAAUCUUCCAGUUUAAUUGUAUCGAAAGAUCAGCAACAACAAAAUGCUUCAUAAAAGUUUUAAGCCUGCCAAAUGCAAAACGUCCUUGAAUUUGGCGAAAUCACGGAUUAAAUUAAUGAAGAAUAAAAAGGAAAUACAAUUGAAGCAGAUGAAGAGAGAUUUAGCUCAAUUGCUUGAGUCUGGUCAAGAUCAAACUGCUAGAAUUCGAGUUGAACAUGUGGUACGGGAGGAAAAGACCAUGGCUGCAUAUGAAAUGAUUGAGUUAUACUGUGAACUUAUUGUUGCGCGGUUGGCAAUCAUCGAGUCACAAAAGAAUUGUCCUCUUGACUUGAAGGAAGCUAUUGCGAGUUUAAUAUUUGCAGCUCCAAGGUGUGCUGACAUCACUGAGCUCCAGGAUGUCCGAAAGCAAUUUACUGCAAAAUACGGUAAAGACUUCGCCAAUGCCGCCUCUGAAGUUCGUCCAAAUUGUGGAGUUAGCAGAACUUUGGUGGAGAAGUUAUCCGUGAAUGCUCCUGAUGGUCCAACAAAGGUUAAAAUCCUUACAGCUAUUGCGGAGGAACACAAUGUUAAAUGGGAGCCAAAUUGGAUUAAAGAAGAUCCUGUACAAACUUUUGACAUUCCGAAUGUGGCAGCAACACAUAAUUUAGAGGGAAAUAUGAUACAAAUGCAAACCCUAAAAUUUGAGAUUGCUGAUGAUGUUGAGGAAAGGCAUGUUUAUGAUACAGGGAGACCAGGGACUUCUUCUCAAAGUUAUAUUCAUAAUUUGAAUGAUUUGGGCCCUCCAUCUUCCAUUUCUCAUCUUGAACCUAGACGUUCAGAGGGUACCUCAGAGAAGAUGGUAUUGAGUCAAUCCUCUGGGAUUGCUGAGAAUUCUUUCAAUAAUGGCAGGCAAAACCGGAACAUGAAAUUCAAAGAUGCAACCGCUGCUGCACAGGCCGCUGCUGAAUCUGCAGAACUAGCCAGCAUCGCAGCAAGGGCUGCUGCAGAACUUUCUAUCCGUAGCAAUGUCAUGAGUGCAUCUUCUAGGGAAAGAAUUCCAUCUUUGCAUGGUCAGAGUGAGGACAAUGUCCGUAGCACUGGCAGUGGGUUACAACAGAGUCAUGUUCACAGAAAUUCAACUAGUGGUUCAUUUAAUCAAAGGAGUCCAAAAAUGCAAAGCCAAGUAGAAGCAAAUAGCCAAAAUAAUAUAAGGGAGGACGGUGAGGCCACACAUUUAAAUAAAGAUUACACUCAGUUCAAGGAGCAGUAUGAGGCAGGAACAAAAGAUUUUACUAACAGCAAGAGUAGCAUUAGGUAUGCUAGAGAUUCAGAUUCAGAAUCUAGUCCUAUAUUCUCCAAAACAGAACCCAACACGUUUCGAUCAUCCACCUUGCAAGAGUCUGAAAUUGAGUCUUCUGAAAAUCCUUUCUAUGAAGAGACACCAGAAAGAGGAAAUCAGCAGAGUAGUUUGCAAUCUGAGAACAGUACUUUUGGGGAUGAGUAUCAUGUCUUUGCAAACGUAAACUAUGAUACACACACGAUUGAUUCAGGUGAUGGAUCUGCUAGUACAUUCAGCAGAACUGCUAAUGAAGAGGAUUGGUAUGCACCACCAAGUGCCCAUACAUAUGGUGAGGAAGACACGGCUUUCAAAAACCAUAGUGAAGGAAAAAGAGUUCUAGAAUUGGAUGACAAGGAUGCAUUCAACUCACGGAAAGAUCCUUUUGUUGGCAUGGAUCAUGGAACCAGUGGCAAGGAUUAUGAAGAAAAAGGCUUUCCCACACACGAGGAAGUUGUUUUUGAUGAAUCUGGUUCUGAUAAUGACGAUGAUGUACGUGUCUUAAACCCUGAAGAUGAACACGAUGUCUCUUCUCCUAGCAACCUUACAUCCAAGGGUUCUUUUUUUAACAACGACAAUAUUUACUAUGAACCUGAUAUCUCCAAAAGUUUUAGAAGUUCAUCAAUCUAUUCAAAAUUAAUUGAACCAGUGACUUUUGAUGAUUCUGAUGGGGCAAGUUCAGGAAGUGAGAAAGAUCAGCACAGAAAGAAAACUGAUUCCCGAAAGCCUAAUGCAGAUUCCUUUGAGCUUAAAUCUAUUUUUGUAGAAAAAGGAAGUGGCGAUUCUUUCAAGACCACUAAACAUGUAGAGAAUCAAAGAAGAUAUCUUGCUUUUAUAUCCAAGCAGAAGUCUGGUAUUGAUGAUUCUGAUGAUUCCGCAGCAGGAUCAAGUGACUUAAGAAGUCGAUCAGACUACUAUGGUUUGUCUGAUGAAGGCGAACCUCAGAAGUCUUUGCAAUCCCCAAGGGUUUCAGAGUCAACUCAUGUUUCUGAACUUGAAACCGAGCAUAAAUCUGGAGGUGGUAUGGAGUUAAACCUGGGAUCUUUGCCUGCUGGACGACGAAAUAAGACCCAGUGGCGCAUGCGAAGGGGUGGAUUAGCUGAUACUUCAUCUGCGUCGAGAUCUAUUGCAUCUGCCUCCAGUGACAGUUUUGGUUCCAGUAAGAAACCUUCUAUUUUUGAUUCAUCCAGUCAAAUGGACGAUAAGCAGACCGAAUUGAGAAAAAGUGAGCGCUAUACGCAGUAUGACUCACCCGGUGACGAUUUAGAAGUAACCAGCACUUUGAAUGAUUCAAAUGAUGCUGAGGGGCCAUAUGGAGGAAUAGUUCAUGGAAAUUUACGGAGAAGUACACUGAAAGAUCCUACCGGAUUCUUUGAUUCUGAUGAUAGUGGCCCUGAGGAGAAUGUUCCUAAACCUGUUGCGAUCAAGACUUUCGGGGGUGCUGGAGUCUCUCGAAGGACAAAGACUUCUACUCCGAGAUCAGCUGUCAGUGCUCGAACAUCUUCUGUUGCUGCAAAGACAGGCCAGUCUUCAAAUUCUUAUACUACUGAAUUUUCCAGCUCCAGGAUUAUUGAUCAAUCUAAUUCGAAUGACGAUGGCAAAAGUGUAAACACAAAAACUUCAAGGGAUGAUAAAAGUAUAUAUUCAUUUAUUGCCGAGAAACCAAUUAAUCCAAAGCGCCAUGACGCCAUGGAGGAGACGAAUUCAAAUGAAAAGAAUCCAAAGGAAACCUCUGCAAAAAUGCCUAGUCAUGUUCAUCCAAAGCUCCCAGAUUUUGAAGCAUUUACGGCACACUUGCAGUCUUUACGUAAGAAUCGUCAAUAGACAUCGAGUUAUCUAGAGCAUAUACUGUACAUACCGACAGAUUUGUGAACAUUUCAUGUUCAGGAGUGUCUUCAGUUCGACAUUUAUACUGUGCAGGAGAACUUUGAUAUGGAUUUAUUUAUGAACAUACGACAUUCGACAACGUAAAUAAUUAAACACUACUAUUGAUUGUUCUCUGUUUUGUAACAAUUACAUUUCAUUUGUAACCGAUACAUUGUUUGCGUUUGUUUUCAUGAUUGUUUACACUUGUAAUGAAUUGAUACGCGAUUUGGUAGCUCAAGAGUACUUCGUGAAACUUGUUGAUCAUGUUAAUUGUAAUACCAUUCAAAUGCAAAGCACAUCCCCAUUCUACUUUGCUUUCGUCGGAUGAGCAACAACAUUAAUCGAAAAUUUGAAUCAAAUAAGCAAAGUUCUAU